AUGCGACUCACGCAACACGAGUGGCGUCCCGACGUGACGAGCCGCUGCCUUAACUGCUACGACGAGGAGCGGCUCUACAUCUCCGACCCCAGGCCCGUCGCUACGCGACUCACGCAACACGAGCCGCUGCCCAACGAGCCGCUGCUGGACGACGACGAUGACGCGCGCCUCGACUACUACGACGAGGAGCGGCUCAACAUCUCCGGUGAGACAAUAGGCCGCCGCGACCCUCGAGUGGCGCCCAGACGCGAUGCGGCGCCGCCCCGACCCGCUGCCCGAGGAGCCGCUGCCUUAACUACUACGAUGAGGAGCGGCUCAACAUCUCCGCGGCGCCCCAACGCGACGCGGCGCCGCCCCGAGCCGCUGCCCGAGGAGCCGCUGCUGGACGACGACGAUGACGCGCGCCUCGACUACUACGACGAGGAGCGGCUCAACAUCUCCGGUGAGACCCCAGGCCGCCGCGACCCUCGAGCGGCGCUGCCCGACUCACUGCCCGACGACGACCUUAACCUCAGCCACGAGCGGCGCCCCAACGCGACGCGGCGCCGCCCCGAGCCGCUGCCCGAGGAGCCGCUGCUGGACGACGACGAUGACGCGCGCCUCGACUACUACGACGAGGAGCGGCUCAACAUCUCCGGUGAGACCCCAGGCCCGCCGCGACCCUCGAGCGGCGCCCCGACGCGAUGCGGCGCCGCCCCUACCCGCUGCCCGAGGAGCCGCUGCCUUAACUACUACGAUGAGGAGCGGCUCAACAUUCCCGGUGAGAUCCCCAGGCCCGUCGCUAUGCGACUCACGCAACACGAGUGGCGUCCCGACGUGACGAGCCGCUGCCUUAACUGCUACGACGAGGAGCGGCUCAACAUCUCCGCCUCAGCCACGAGCGGCGCGCCCAACGCGACGCGGCGCCGCCCCGAGCCGCUGCCCGAGGAGCCGCUGCUGGACGACGACGAUGACGCGCGCCUCGACUACUACGACGAGGAGCGGCUCAACAUCUCCGUGUUGGAGCCAGCAUCGUUCUCCGUGUCGGCGGACCGACGGUUCCUGCUCCUGGCCCAGGGCUUGAAGAGGAUCCACCGCCACUCCUACCUAGCCCGGUACACCGUGUACGAUAUACUCACUACAGAGUCGUACCCCCUAACGCCUCUACCAGACGAGGUGGGGGGCGUCAUAACCGAGGGGCCCCACUUACUACUGGCCACAUGGACCCCCAAGGGUCACGGGCUCAUCACCGUGAAAGAUUACGACAUCUACUACAGGCCGGCCCCCCGGUCGUCUACGGGGUACCGGGUGACGGAAACGGGAAUUCCCGGGACGAUUCACAAUGGUGUUCCGGAUUGGCUGUAUGAAGAGGAGGUCCUCAAGUCCCGGUCAGCAUUAUGGAUGUCAGCUGACGGCCACAUGGUGCUGUACGCCACCUUCAACGAUACUCUUGUGCAUGAGCAGAAGUUCUCCUGGUACGGCCCCGCUUUGGACACUGAUGACCCCUCAAAGACAUAUCCAGAGAUCAGGAGUGUCAGAUACCCGAAGCCUGGCACCAACAAUCCCACAGUGACGCUGACGGUGGCUGACAUCGCCGACCCCAAACACAUCAGGACCAGGCACCUGACACCACCCAAAGUUAUCAUUGAAGAAGGUGACUACUAUUUCACCAGUGCUCAAUGGGUGUCCCUAACAGAGGUAUGCGUGGUGUGGCUGACCAGAACUCAAAACCUCUCCGUGGUGUCCGUCUGCAAGAGCCCCAUGUGGUACUGUCAGGAGGUAUACAGGAUAUCCUCCGGCAACGACGGCUGGGUGGAAUCAGCACCGUCCCCCCUCUGGUCUGCCGGAGGGGGAGCCCUGGUCACGUUAGCCCCCAUCAGGGACGGACCAGCAGGCCUGUUCAGGCACAUAGUGAGGACUGAACAUAAUGCACACGGGCCGAGAGCACUACCUCUUACGCAUGGCAGCUUUGACGUGGUGAAGCUGCUAGCGUGGGAUCAUACGAAUCAGCACAUAUACUACCUGGGUAUCCCCGAAGGCAAGCCAGGCCAGCAGCACCUGUACAGAGUGUCGUCGGAGCCGCCGCGGCCCGGCUCGCCGCAGAAGCUGCCUUACUGUGUCACGUGUAAUUCACAACCAUCGCCGUCCAUCAACCUAGAGUACUACGGCAGCUUGGCGUCCUCAGGGGACAGUACUUGGGACGCGGACUGGGAUGAGGAGCUACCAACCGCCACGUCCCCCUCGCCCUCCAAUAAGAAGAGGAAGAAGAAACACCCUGAGGGCAUGCCCCAGAACCUGCCGUGCCUGUACCACGAGGCACACUUCAGUCCCUCGUCAGCAUACUUCGUGCUGGAGUGCCUCGGCCCUGGAGUGCCGACCUCUAGCCUCCACAAGAGCGCCCUGCCGGAGCCCAGGGCACUGCUGCACUUAGAGAAUAAUACUGCUGUUAAGGAGCGGCUAUCCUCAAUAGCGCUGCCCACCCCUCGCACAUUCUCCGUGCAGCUGUCCAGCGGGCAUGCAGCCAGGGUAAGGCUGCUGCUACCACCAGGGCUCAGGGAAGACGAGGUCACCAAGUACCCCCUGGUGUUGAUGGUGUAA